UCUUCUCCCCUCUCAUCUCUUCUCUCCUCCUCUUCGUCAUUGAUCUCCAGCUCUUCUCGGAGUCAUGAGGGGGCGCUGCAGCGGGUGAACAUGGCCAACGCUGUGGUUUCCUACGACCAUCUGGCCCUCCAGGUGGAGGUUCUCCGCAAGGAGAACUCCCACCUGAGGAGGGAGCUGGAGGACAACUCCCAUCACCUGUGCAAGCUGGAGACGGAGACGUUUGGCAUGAAGGAGAUGCUGAAGCAGCUGCAGAGUAAACUGGAGCAGGAGGCAGGAAACCUGGCCUCGUCCGGGAGAACCGACGUGCUGCACCAGCUCAAAGAGCUCUACAUGGACCUCACCAACUACUACGAACUCAAACACCAGCCUCACAACCUGAGGCUUCUGACCUCGGGUCUGGGCGGAGGCGGGAUGAGGAGCGUCCCGGGUGCCGGCGUGGAACUGGAGGACCACCUGGCUCUGCCUUCAUCCUCCUGCUGCUCCUCCUCCUCCUCCAUGGCGGCGGUGAACAGAGCCAGGAGCCCGCUGCGAGUGGCGUCUCGCCAAAGCAUGGCGUCCAGCGCGGAGGCCGCCAUCAUGCUGCCCAACCACUUCCUGGACGGCGCCCCGCCCCAGACGGCGGUGAUCAGCGAAGGAGACGGGCGGCUGGGCGACCAUCACUUUGAGGAGCUGUACAAGGAGAGGAACCUGUUGCUGGGAGAGAUCGACCGUGAGGAGCGGGAACGCCUGGAGGCGCUCUCACACACGUGUCACAGGCUGGCCCGGCUGCCGCGCAUCGAUGAGAUCUCUCUGCAGUUAGAUCUGAUCCGACAGAACCUGGAGGAUAAGGUCCACCGGUCUUUGAUGGCGGAGCGCUACUUAGCCAGCAACGAGAUGGUGCACAGAACCCAGAUGCGUGCAGCUCGCCUGGAGCAGCUGGAAAAAGAGCUGCAGGAGGUGCGGGGCAGUCAGGAGAGCCAGCUCCAGCUGUCUGGAGCUGAGAAGCCGCCUGCUGGAGAACCGGAGAACUGCGCCUCAUCAGCGGCUGUGGCUGCAGGAGCUGAGGCUGCAGACGGAGGCAGCAAGGUGGAGAUGGUGUUCUGGCUGCUCUCCAUGCUGGCCAACAGGGACAAGGACGAGAUGUCCAGGACUCUUCUGGCCCUGUCCAGCUCUCAGGACAGCUGCAUCGCCAUGAGGAAGUCUGGCUGCGUCCCCUUGCUCGUUCAGAUCUUGCACGAACUUCCCAGCGGGGUUCCCGGCGAGACGACAGACGGCGGCGGCGCCUCGACCGGCUGCGGCCGAGACACCAAAUCCAGAGCGAGCGCUGCCCUCCACAACAUCGUCUUCUCGCAGCAGGACGAGGGUCAGGCCCACCGGGAGAUGAAGGUGCUGCACAUGCUGGAGCAGAUUCGGACCUACUGCGACAGCGGCUGGGACUGGCUGGAGAGUCACGCCGUGACGCCUUCGCCCGGAGGGACCAAAACGUCCGAUAUUCCUGAACCCGUGGAUCCUCAGAUCUGUCAGGCCAUGUGCGCCAUCAUGAAGAUGUCCUUCGAAGAGGAAUACAGACGCGCCAUGAACGAAUUAGGCUGUUUGCAGGUGGUGGCAGAUCUCACUCACCUUGAGCAGGAGAUGUACGGCAUGCAGAACGACCCCAUAAACAUGGCUCUGCGCCGCUAUGCUGGGAUGGCUCUGACCAACCUCACCUUUGGCGACGUCGUCAAUAAGGCCACUCUGUGCUCGAGGAAGAGCUGCCUCCAGGCUCUGGUGGCCCAGCUAUCCUCAGACAGCGAGGAGCUCCAUCAGGUGGUCUCCAGCAUCAUCAGGAACCUGUCCUGGAGGGCCGACAUCAGCACCAAGAGAGUUCUGAGAGACAUCAGCUGUGUGUCUGCUCUCAUGACCUGCGCCCUGCAGGCAACCAAGGAAUCAACCUUGAAGAGUGUUCUGAGCGCUUUGUGGAACCUCUCCGCCCACAACAUUGACAACAAAGUGGCAAUCUGCUCGGUUGACGGGUCUCUGGGUUUCCUGGUCAGCACGCUGACGUACCGCUGUCAGACCAACUCGCUCGCCAUCAUCGAAAGCGGAGGUGGGAUACUUAGAAACGUGUCCAGCCUGAUCGCCACACGAGAUGAUUACAGACAAAUCCUGCGGGACCACAACUGUCUGCAGACUCUUCUGCAGCACCUGCGCUCCCACAGCUUAACCAUAGUGAGCAACGCCUGUGGGACUCUCUGGAACCUCUCCGCCAAGAGUCCCAAAGACCAGGAGCUGCUGUGGGACCUGGGCGCGGUUAGCAUGCUGCGCAACCUCAUCCACUCCAAGCACAAGAUGAUCGCCAUGGGCAGCGCUGCAGCUUUAAGGAACCUCCUCACCAAUCGACCUCUGAAAUACAAGGACGCCGCGGUGCUGUCUCCAGGCUCCUGUGUGCCCUCCCUCUAUAUGAGGAAGCAGAAAGCUUUCGAAGCUGAGCUGAAUGCCAAACACCUGGCGGAGACCUUUGAUACGCUUGAGAAACACAGCUCCAGGCACCUGAGCCUCAACAAACCACUGAGGCACAUCGAGAGUCUGGCGAAGGAUUACGCCUCUGACUCUGGCUGCUUUGAUGAUGAUGAAGCCCCCAAUAACUCCAGCAGCUUGGACACUGGCAGCUUCUCAAUGCUGCCCAUUUAUCUCAGUAACUCUAACUUUGUCCAGAAUCAGCCACACAAGAGGGACAACGAACCCGAGAGAGAUACAGACCUGCCCCAGGUGGUAGAAAAGAAGCACGCUCCCCCUGACGAUGUGGUCUCUGCAGCAGCAGAGAAGCUUGCACAGAAGAUUACCCACACGGUUGCCAAAAUCGACAGACUAGUUGACGACAUCACGAUGCACACGUCUUCUGAGGACAGUUUUAGCCUCAGCUCUGAAGACCACCUGGCGGACUGGCCUUAUGGACAAGAUCCGCUUAACGAAGCCCGAGCUAAUUCUUGCUCCCCCUGCCGUCUGUCUGACGUGAGCAGCUUGGCCUACAGAGAACGCCUCAGCAGAGCCCACGCCCUUUUACGGCUCAAAACCACCCACACCAGUGUGUCAACAGACAGUCUGAACAGUGGCAGCACCAGUGACGGCUACUGUGGCAGCAAAGACCAGACGCGCCCCGCUCAUAGGCCUCUAGCAAUCCAACAACAACGACCCAACCAGCUUGACCUCAAAGUGGCUCAUCAGGAACCUCUCCAUGCAGGACCGGCUGCUUUGAGUCAAACCGACCAGCAGGAUAUUCCGGAGAGAGAUUGCGUGGGUAAUAAAGGUAUGGACGUUGUGGAGCUCGGCAACACAGACAUCGAAAAGAACCAAGAGCCACAGGUCCAGACACCUGUCAGUGCGUCCACCAAAGUAUCCUCUGAUGUGAGCAUGACUUCAGUUAAACUGUCGCCGACUUAUCAACAGGUCCCACUCAUUCAGAGUGUGGCAAAGUUUGGAGUCGCAAAGACGGCCAUUAACGUUCAGGCAGCCCAAGCGAUGAGGAGGCAAGCGUGGGUACCCACGGUAUUGACUGGGGGAAGUAUUACAAAGUUUUCUCCAAUGAGUUCCACCAGAAGUCCGACAGUUGGGACAAUGGAAACAGUCCAGAAAUACUCGGUGGAAAAUACUCCAAUCUGCUUCUCCCGCUGCAGCUCGCUGUCUUCACUCUCGUCCGGCGACGGUGGGCUGGACGGGCAAAGCGAGAAUGAGCUGGAGAGUGACUCGUCCCUGGAGAUAAUUGAAGUAGAUGAUGGCGAAGAUGUCAAGAAACAGCAAGAGGACGAAACUUUAGAGGAUUUCAGCGACAGCCAGUUGCUGAUGACAGACUCAAAAACUCUCCCCAGCAAAGAGAAAAAUCCCAUCGAGAUCUCUCGUACUCCCAAAAAGGAAAAGGUGUUCCUUAGGGGAGCUUCGCCUGCCGUAAAUGAAGACAGAUCUCCAUCCAGUUCCUCUGAGAACUAUAUCCACGAUACGCCUCUGGUUCUAAGCCGCUGUAGCUCUGUGAGUUCACUGGGCAGCUUUGAGUCCCCCUCCAUUGCCAGUUCAAUCCAAAGUGAUCCAUGCAGUGAGAUGAUUGAUGGGACAAUAAGCCCCAGCGAUCUUCCAGACAGCCCGGGACAAACCAUGCCUCCCAGUCGGAGUAAAACCCCAUGCUGUGUCGAGUCAAAUGUGCCAGAGACACAGACCACGGCGAUGGCAGGGCAGUGGGAAAACAGCCUGCGGAAGUUCAUCGAGAUCACAGAUUCCAAGGAGCGGUUCAACCUUCCCGACCUGGAGACCAUGAUCUAUUUCACAGUUGAAAAGCCCACCGAAAAUUUCUCCUGUGCUUCCAGCUUAAGUGCUUUGCCUCUUCACGAGCACUACAUCCAGAAAGAUGUGGAGUUGAAAUUAACGCCACUCCUCCGGCAGAACGACGAGACUCUCCCAUACACGGAUGAGGAUGAGGAAGGAUUCGACAACGGGGAACGAUACAGCGAGGGCAACUCAGAAGAAGACAUAGAAAUUCUGAAGGAAUGCAUAAACUCAGCGAUGCCUUCGAAGUUUAGAAAAGUAAGAUCCUCUCUGGUGACUACCAUUCCCUCCAACAUGCUCAGCUCCCAGAUGCGAAAACCAAUGCAACUGCAAUUUAACGUGCUUCCAAAUGGCAAAACCCAGAUCUGUCCCCGAAGGAGACACAUCUACCCACAAAAAGACUUGAAGUUGGAUGAUUCUUCCUUCACCGAUUCUGCAGAGGGUACACCUGUCAACUUCUCCAGCACAACGUCUUUAAGCGAUGAAACACUUCAGUAUCCGCUAAAGAACAGGGGGGUGAAAGACUGCACAGCUAAAGGCCUGAGCAAACAGGAACUGAUGGACAACGAUGCAAAGAGGAUUGAAGACCUGAGGAUAUUUUCGCACUUCCACAAACCACAGGGGGCAAACUACCCACCUGAGACACAAAUGAGCCGAACAACCAAACAUGUGAUUCCCACUCAGAAGUUGCUGAUGCAGAGCAAAGAGGUAGCUGACAGAGUGGCCAGCAUGAAAAAUCGAGACCGAUCUCCUAAUCCACAAAGGAGGCAACAAGGUCAGGGAACCUACAAAAAAUUUGAUCUGCCGGUUAUAAAACAAAACCGAGAAGGCAAUAUCAACUCCAAAACACAAAAAGAAAGCAAAAUGUUUCGACAACUGACGCAUUCUUCAGAGGACAGUAACACCGACUUCUACGCUGAAAACAGUGGAGUAAUCAAACGAACAGGCAGGAAGCAGAUGAAGGAAGCAACUAGAAAUGCGCUCUCCCGUAGCAUGACCAAUAUAGGCAGGAUGGAUGAUUCCCAAGGAAAUCCCAGAGGAUUUCAGAGAUUAAAGCAAAACCUUGUACGGGACGAGUCCCUGGCAUGUUACUCACUCAGCUCCUCCGUCAGUUCACUCAGCGAUGCCGAAUUUGAGGGGCAUAAAUCGAAAGCGCAGCAAAUGUGGUAUAAAAACAGACACAAUAAAACCCUCAACAUGUCGCAGCAAACCAAGGCAUCUACCAUGCAGUGUCAUUACGAAGAACAAAGCUCACCGAGCUCUGUCAGCAUGGACUCAGAGGACGACCUCCUGCAGAAAUGCAUAACGUCCGCCAUGCCCAAGCAGAGGCGGAAAAUGGCCGCCAGGAAGAAGGCAGAAAAUGCUCAGAAACAAAAAGACUCUGACAGAUGGGACAUGAAUGAAGAAAUGGACAGCGAUGACACAGGAUGGGAUAAUGAUUCUGACCUCAACAGUGUGGAGUGGAGAGCCAUACAGGAAGGCGCUAACUGCGUCGUCACUGGGCUGCAAGCCUCAAAGUCCCAAGAGCCAUCAUCCGAAGAGACGGAGUCAAUUCUGUCUUUCUUGUCCACGUCCAGCUUUACACCUAAAGAAAAGAAAUAUGCUAAAGACAAAAAGGCUAAUAAACCUCUGGACUUUGCUCAGCGCAAGCCAGUUCCCAACUUACCAGUUGUGUUCAGAGGCAGGACAGUGACCUAUACACCCCAGCAAGCGACAGCUCCGUCACAAAGACCUCCCCCCAGAAAAAUGCAGAGCCAGACGGACGCUCCAAAGAACCCAAACCUUGCUCAACACAGGUCAAAGAGCCUCCACAGACUAGGCCAACCCCAGUACACCGAACUGUCGCUUCCAAAGAGGAGCUCCACUCCACCUCCAAGGAUACCAAAAAGCUCCUCCUCUGGAUCAUCACAGAGCUCCACACCAUCCAAGCAGUCACAGAAGAAGACAACAUCCCCAACUCAGACAAGCAAAACAGCCCCGAAAAAGACUGCCUCGUCAAGUAGUAGCUCAUCAGCCAGUAGCCCUCCUGAAAGGAAAGGACGCUCUCCUAUCGUUAAUAAAAACGAGAAAUCUCCCCCGCCGAAAACUCAGAAGUCACCUGUCCGAAUACCUUUUAUGCAGAACUCAGCCCGGCAGUCCCGACCUCUGUCGCCACUGGUAACUAACCAAACCUCACCCAAGCAAAGCAAUCCGAUUAACGGUAAAAGAGUGUCGCCAGCCAAUCGGUUUGACAUGGUUAGGAUGACAUCUGUCCAUUCAAGCAGUGGCGAAUCCGAUCGAAAUGGAUUCCUGAGACAGCUGACUUUCAUUAAGGAAUCAAGGACAGGAUUUAGACGUGAUGGUUCUCCUCACAAUACGCCCGGAUCACAAAACGGAUCGCCUCGCAGGGCUGCUCCUGGAGCCUCGGCUGUUUUCCUGUGUUCAUCUCGAUGUCAGGAACUAAAGGUUGCAGCGCAAACGCCGAAAAGGGUGCAGGUAAAAGAUCCUGCAAAGGUUCAGCAAGCCCAAAGGCCAGUCCCUGGCCUUCAAAAGCAGACUACAACUUUGUCAAGAGCAACAUCCAGUGAGAGAGAUUUAUCUGCAAGACGGCCAGCCCGGAGAACUAGCUCUGAAAGUCCCUGCAGGGUAGCCCAGCGAAGUGCGGCCAGCAGAAUCUCUGGAGUCAGGCAUCAGCAGGACCAAGACACCUUUAAGCGUCAUGCUUCAUCCCCAAGCAUCAAUAUACUGAGUCGGGUCACAAGCCGUUCUUCGCUACGCUCAUCAUCAUCAGAUUCAAGUGGGAGAGCAAAAAGCGAGGAUGACACGAAGAAAAAAGGGCAGAGAUCCACAUCACGACGUAACAUUGGUGUUACUUGGAGGAGAAUCAGGGAUGAAGAUGUACCCCAGAUCCUGAAAAGCACUCUGCCCGCCAAUGCGUUGCCACUGGUGCCAUCUACUGAUGCGGAAAAGCCAAAACCGCCCGCUCUGCCAGGAAAACUGCCAACAAUAGUACUCGCAUCUCGCAAGACAACUGAUGCCACAGUCCAGACAGAAGAUUUACCCAAUGACAUGACUAACUCAAGUACCUCUCCAACAGCUGAAACAGCCCCAGUGAUCUCCGAGGAAGAGGCCAGGCUGGCUCUCUUCAGGAAAUUUAGUGCCGCCUCUGGAAGUAACUGUCAGGAUGCAGAUUCAGAUGGCUCACUGAAGAGCCUCAGCACUACCGGCACAUUAGACAGCCAUGUUGGCGGAGUUGUCACUUUCCGCCAAGGAUCCCCCAGCAAGGCGGCCAGAGUCAGUCCAUUUAAUUACACCCCCAGUCCUAUGGCCUGCUGCCUGCAAGACCCCCAAAGCCAGACAGCUACAAUGACUGAAAAAUCUGGGGGGAAAAAUGAGUUGUAGGGUAUUUGGUGAAUAACUACUCAGCACGAACGACUGCGGUCUAAAGCUCAGCACUGAGAUAGACACAAGUGUGCUGGUUCUGUACCUCGGAUAUUUACCCUCCGUCCUGUCCCAUUCAUUCCAUUUUAAGUUUUCUUUGUGAACAACUUAUCAGAGCUUCCAUUUACUGUCACUAAUAAGUUGGAGAUAUGCAUGGAAACAGACUGCCCUGAAUGGACCACCAAAAACUCGUGAUGCCCUUCAGAGAACAUCUUUCCAGGAAAUUGCAUUUUUUUUAUACUUUUUUGUAUUUGUAGAUUAAUCAUUGCCUGGUAGAAGUGUAGUCAAAGCAUAAAAGACAACGAACAUUUAUUCCAGCACAUAAACCACAAGCGUUAUCAUGGAAACAAUCAAUUUGAACAAUGGUAUGCAAAAUCUUCAAUGACCGCUCGGUUGAACUUUUGGCUCAGAAGGUUCAAGCUGUGGUGGACCAGAGACUAGAAUCCAAAUUCUCACCAAGGAAAUGCACACAAGGACUUGUAAAGUAUUUUUAUGCACUAUAAAUCAAAGCUUUUGAUCCUUGCUUUACCAUUCGUCAACUACGACGCUUCAAGACCGGUAGACUUACGGAAAUCAUUUGUGAUGAGACGUUUCUCCAAAUGAAUACAUCACUAGUGUUACAAACUUCUAUUUAUACUCAAACUACACACAGGUGGAUUUUGCGUUUUUAUUUUCUUAUGAAGUUGUGGAAACCCCCUUCGAUGUAUGUAGGCAACUUGACAUGGCCACGGUUUUAGACAUGACAUUAAAAACCAAGGCAUAUAGCACCGCAGGUUCAAAGAUGGUGUAAAAACAAGAUCGGCUCCUGUUUAAAGAUGUAACAACAUCUGUUUUAAAAACAUAGCUUCUGUCCUAAUACGUAGAGUAGGUGUUCUGGAUAAAGCUAGCCUCAUACAUACAAAGAUUUGAUUUCCACAGUAUUAGGCUACAGUAAUCUUACAUUGCUUGAUUGCACAAUAUCUGUAUUUAUCAGUCAUAUCCAGGUCACAUGGCUGCUGGGAUCAGUAAUUAACCCCAAAAUUUCCAUUGAGUUCUGAAUUCAAUGGUAGGAUGCAGAGUAGCCCGUAUACACCUCCUGAUUUCAGCUUCAAUUACACUAAGUAGAUGAGGAUUACUUUGAAGUAAUCCCCUUUCACAAAUGUUUGCAAUGACAGAAACUGCACCAUGUUUCUUCUACAACAAAAUAUUACUAUAGUAGUAUGUUUUUUCCGUUGCAUCCUACAGUUUUGUUUCUGAAUUUGUACUGUACAUAACAGAUCAGGUAUGCAGGAACCUCCUGAUGAGUGAACACUCACCGGGAAGUUGAUAAUUUUACCAUUGACAGCAUGCUCAUAUAUUCAUUGCGUACAGACACCUGUGAAGGAAAUGCGGGCACGAAAUAAUGCCAUGAUGUAAUUUAGAAAGGAAAUGUUUUCCAAGUCUAAUGCCAUCUGUAUUUCUGUGACGCAAAACCAUGUAGAAUUGAAAAUUGCGCAUUGGGGAACAAUGCAGCCACGUGCAUCUGUCAAUGCAUCGAGAUAUUCAAUUUUGCUGAUAUAUUCAGGUACUGUUUGCUAUUGAUUAUGUCAAGAACAUGGUAUCAGUGGUGGUUUGGUUUCACCCACGGUAGAAGGUACAAAGUUAAGACUGAUGAGCAGUUAGCAGAGACUUCAUCGGCUGGACAUGCAUUGUUUGACAUUUUAUUUAGCCAUUUUUACUCACCAGCGACUUCAAAUGACUACCUCCCUUCGACCAUUCUGUUCUAGACACUCGCAUAAGAAAGUGUGGCAGAUGAAGUCAUAUUUGCAAUAUUUGCAUAUCAAAUAAGCACUGUAUGUGUACUCUACUGAGCUCUUUCCCUUGUGCCUGUUCUCCAUCUCAAUCUGCAGAGUAGCAAAGGAGAAGGUUGUGUAUUCAUCUGUGUGAAAAACUGCCAAAAAAAAUAGGCCCCAAGCUAUGACUCUGUGUCCAUCAGUCAUGUUAAAGUGCCAUUUAAUAUAUUGAUUUGUUUCUGGUUCAUUUGGGAGCAUCACAGCUCUAGCGAUUAACAUAGCUGUGCUAAUGACUAGCAUGUUUAGGCUAAAACUCCCCUCUAUUACACAUUCCAUGGGCAUAAAUGCACUUUAGUUAGCAUAGCAGUACCAAUGACUAGCAAGUUUAGGCUGAUGGCUCACUGUAAUACAUACUCCCCUGGCUGGGCAUUGUCAUAGAUGGGCUUUCAAUUAGGAUAGCAUUGCUAAUAACUUGCAGAUUUAGGCCAAUGGCCCACAGCUGGGUGACAUACUUCCUUGUGCUGGGCAUUGUCAUAGAUAGGCUUACGUUAAGC